AUGGAAAAGACAGAAACCUCUCAAACCACUUCUGAAGAAUCAGACGAUAACUUCUCACUCCAAUCAUCCAGUGACGAUGACUUUAAUUCACUAAUGGAAGAAGAAGUAGAAGCAGAAAAUCUCGCAACUCGGCUUGAAGAUGAACAUUUUCAGGCAGGUACUCAUGAGGAUGUUCGUAGUGGUGAUGACUGUAUGGUAAAGUCUACAGUCGCGGAACCUGCACAAAAUCCGAUAUGGAACGCGACUUUCGAUUUCCCCAACGUUCCUGGGGAAACGCUCAUGGAGAAAACAAUCGAGGUGACUCUGUGGGACCACUGCCCGGAUCGUGAAAGUGUCUUCCUAGGGGAGUGCGUGGUGGAGCUGCAGAAGGCGUUCCUGGAGGACCGGCCCGUGUGGUACCGCCUGGAGGACCCGCGCGGCCUGCGCAUGGGCAGAAAGGAUAAUGAGUCGACGCGAGCGAGGAUUCUACAGUAUGGAUUCGAGACGACAGCAGCAUAUCUUAUCGCGCGCGCGCACGCUCGUGAGCUCGCGCGUGUGAGC